CCAUAUUGGAGGUCCGCGUCCCGCAGGUCCUGCAUCUUCAAUAUGGAAUGUAUGUUUGGCCCUGUGCUGUGGUCCUGGCCCAGUACCUAUGGUUUCACAGAGGAUCUCUGCCAGGCAAGGCUGUCUUAGAGAUUGGAGCUGGAGUGAGCCUUCCAGGAAUUAUGGCUGCAAAAUGUGGUGCUGAAGUAACACUGUCAGACAGUUCAGAGCUGCCUCACUGUCUAGAAAUCUGCCGGCAAAGCUGCCAAAUGAACGACCUGCCACAGGUGCAUGUUGUAGGAAUCACGUGGGGUCAUGUAUCUCAGGAUCUUCUGGCUCUACCACCGCAAGAUAUUAUUCUUGCAUCGGAUGUAUUCUUUGAACCAGAAGACUUUGAAGACGUUUUAACUACAGUUUACCUUUUGAUGCAAAAGAACCCCAAGGUCCAAUUGUGGUCUACUUACCAGGUAAGAAGUGCUGACUGGUCACUUGAAGCUUUGCUCUACAAGUGGGACAUGAAAUGUGUUCACAUUCCUCUGGAGUCUUUUGGUGCAGACAAGGAAGAUAUAGCAGAAUCUGCCCUCCCAGGAAGACAUACUGUUGAAAUGCUGGUCAUCUCCUUUGCAAAGGACAGUCUCUGAAUUAUACCUACAGGCUGUUUUGGGACAAUGUCAAUACUGAUUAGCAACUUGGCAAGCCAACUAUGACUCAGACCACUUCAGCUUCUCGUGUACAAACAGUGAAUUUGAAGAUGGAUUAGACCUGUUGGCUUUGGAUUGUGAUGGAUCACAUAACAAUUAAAACCAAAAAAACCAUUAAACACUUAUAAGAA